UGACGGCGGACCGGACACGAGCGCACGACGCACGCGGACAUAAAUCUUUUAUUUUUGUUACUUUUUUUUUUUUUUUUUAACGUAACGUCUUUCUCUUGUCAAACAGCUAAUUUUAACCGAAUAUUUUAUGUCUGUAAUCGAAUUCACCGACGCCUCGUGUUAUAUUUGAUCUGUUUUUGUUUUCUUCACAAAUUAAACUCAAAUUAGAAAGAAUUAAUCACCGAACGAAGUUGGUUAAUACGCGUUUUUUUUCCUUUAUUGUCUCUAUUUUUGGAGAAUGUGUUUCAACCCUUAACCGAACGUGAGUAGUAACUUUUUUUUUUUUUUUUUUUAAUUGAACCGACCCAAACUUUUGGCUCGGGUCCCGGGUUGGGUAAAAUGCUAACCCGGGUUGGGUUGGUUCUGGUGUCUUUGUUCUGCGUUUGGACCGUUGGACAGCGCUUGGACUACGACAGCUGGACAGACCAGGUGGUGUUAUCUGAUGGUCUUUGUCGCUAUGGAAACAGCGUGAAGUGCUGCUGGGGCUGGAAACAGAUUAGGGACUGGAGACGUUGUCAACCUCACUGUCAGCAGGGCUGUAAAUAUGGAAAGUGUGUCGGGCCAGACAGAUGCAAGUGUCAUCCAGGAUACACUGGCAAAGCCUGUAACCAAGACCUGAAUGAGUGUGGUUUGAAGCCUCGGCCCUGUAAGCAUCGCUGCAUGAACACGCCAGGAAGCUACAAGUGCUAUUGUAUGGAUGGAUACACACUGCAGCCGGACGGCAGCUGCAGGAAUACCCGAACUUGCUACCAUGCCAACUGUCAGUAUGGCUGUGAGGUCAUGAAGGGGGAGGUCCGAUGCACCUGUCCAUCACAGGGCUUACGGCUGGGACCAGACAAGCGCACCUGUGUCGACAUCAAUGAGUGUUUUUCAGGUGGAGGUGUGUGUUCUCACCGUAGGAAAUGUGUGAACACGUUCGGUAGCUUUGUAUGUAAAUGUCACCUGGGAUUCAAACUGACGUACAUAAAUGGACGGUACAACUGCAUUGAUAAGGACUCUCGGCCUUUCUGUUCUCUGAAUCCAGAUGCUCCGCUGUGCAGAUGUAAAGAUGGCAGCUGUAAAACUGUCCCCAAAGUCACUGUGGAGCCACAAACACCAAGAGCUACAACAACUACAGCUACUACUACAACUACUACUUCUCCUUCCACCGCCACUGCCACUACUACAAGUACAGCUGCAGUGACUACUACGACUACAACUCCCACAACAGCCACUUCUACAUCUCCAACUACUACUACUACUACUACUACUACUACUACUGCUACUACUACUACAACUGAAACUCCCACCACUUCUACAAGUAUUAUUCCGACUACUACUGUUACCAGUACUACUCCCUCCACUACUACUACAACUACUACCUCCUCUGCUACUACCACAAGUACAGUGUCUGCUACACCUCUGCCAACCACCACCAUUCCAACAACAACUGCAAUAACAACACCAUUAACUUCUACAGCAGUUACAACUCCAAUUGAGACAACCACUACAAUGCUUACUACUGCUAUUCAAAGUACAAGAGCCACAACAUCCACAACUGAGCUGGUUUCUACAACAAUAUUAACAACAACAACAACUAUGGCUACAACAGCUGCCCCAACAACCACAAUGCCCACCACUACCACCCUCCCAACAACAACGGUGAACAAUCGGAUCAAUAAGGAGGUGACACACAGACAGAGAGGAGACGUACACAUCCCACGACACCCCAAUCACAACCAGGUGUGGGAGUUUGACAUCGAAUUGGGAAACACAGCUGAGGAGUUCAGAGAUGAUGCAGAGGUUGGCGUUCUUCAUUGUACAUUUGAUCAUGGUCUGUGUGACUGGACGUCAGACUCAGAGGGUGAUCUGCACUGGGAAACAUCUAUCAGUCCUGCAGGUGAGCGUUACCUGUCCGUCCCACAGCUGAAGGCAGGACAAAGGAGCAUCAGAGGAGCUCGACUGUCUGUCUUAAUUGUCCCUCCCUGGAGCUUUGGAGACCUGUGUUUCUCCUUCUCCCAUUGGCUGACGGGACACCAUGUGGGUGUGCUGCAGCUCUUCGUCAGGAAAAAAGGGCGGGACCAAAGAUAUGGCCCUGCCCUCUGGACCAGAACAGGUGGACAUGGGUGGAGACACACUCAGGUUACCCUGACAGCAUACUCUGUGGAUAAGGUGUUGUUAAAGGCCGAGCGACGCAGAGGACAGCGGGGACAAAUUGCUUUGGACGACGUCACACUGAGACGAGGAGCGUGUCGGUGACAUCUGUUUGGUAACAGGACGCCAAUUUGUGCUCACGCAGGAAACGAGUUAGAGACAAUUUAAAGGCUCAUGCUGCUGUUCUUUAAAAUCACAAAUCAUCAACUGAAAACUCAGUCCAAGGUUUUACAUGAACGUUCCUCUGUCCUGUCUCUCAGACUGUCUCUGAUCCUGUUGUGGCUUUGAUGUAAAGCUGCUCAUACAAACAAACGGGUAUCAUUUCCUCUGAAGAUUAAAGUGAAGCAGUAGAUGUAACAUUGGCAACUGCAGAUUAAAAUAUUCUCAGGGUUUAACAUGUGAAAGGUUGUUGUUCAGUAACUUUACAGAAAUAGACCAAUGGUCAAAAACCAAUGAAUAAAUGAUUUAGAAAAGAGAUAAUCAUAAAAUGUGACCUUUUUAAAGCUAAAAUCUAUUUCAAGCUAAAAGGUUUUGUCAUCUUUAUAUAAAAAAUAAGAACUGUAAGUUCAUUUUAGAUGCAUCAUAAUCUUCUCAUGUACUUCUCACAUACAGUUAUGACCAAAAAUGUAUUUUGUCAGGUCACUGCUUUGGCUUUUACUGAGGUGUCAUGGUCAUGAAGAUGGACAAACAUGACUUUGACCAAAAUCAUUCAGUUCAUCCUUGUGUCCAAGUCCUCGGUGAUGUGAAGUUUGUGACAUUUUAUCAAACCAUUCUUGAGAUAAUUGCAUUUUAAACCUAUUAAAACUAUUGAAGAUUGACCAGCUGACAGAUUCCACUUCUCAUAAAGAUGUACUCUGGAGGUGCCUUAUCCUGUAAGAUUCUAAAAUAGCUGUAGUGAUUGAUUCACUUAUUGAGUGGGGAGUUAUAAAAUCAUAAAGCUGCCACUUACAAAUACCUGUGUUACUCUUUUGCACUUUCUUUGUCAGUAGGAAUAUAAAGUAAGUAUUGCAUUUACAUUCAAAAGUCUUAAACCUGCAGAGGAUACUCAUCUCUGUGUUUGUGUAACCCAUAAAGACCCAGUGCUGCUUUUGUGUUAGUUCCCAAAUGAAUUCUUCUCUAUUUAACUUUUCUUAAGUGAUUUAUCAUCAUUUAUUGUAAUAUUA